GGUUGGGCCGCGCAGCGUGUGACGCCGCGGUCGCCGCGGAGCUGGGGAUUAAUGGGAAAAGUUUUGGCAGGAGCUGGAGAAUCCUGCGGAGCCUGCGGGACGGCAGCGGUGGCGCGAGAGGCGGCCAGGACAGGCUGACAGGAACUGCCCUGUAGAGGUCCAUCUGCGUUCAGACACAGAUGAUGCCAGAGCUAUGAGCGGGCUUGUAGGCGUGGUGCCGAGGGGAAAUCAGCCAUGGAGCAGCCACCGGAGGAAGCCCCUGAGAUCUGGGAAGAGGAGGAGAAAGAGGAAGUGGCAGAGGCAGAAAGAGCCCCAGAGCUCAAUGGGGGACCAGAGCAUGCGCUUCCUUCCAGCAGCUAUACAGACCUCUCCGGGAGCUCUUCACCACCCUCACUGCUGGACCAGCUGCAGAUGGGCUGUGACGGGACCUCGUGUGGCAGCCUCAGCAUGGAGUGCCGUGUGUGUGGGGACAAGGCGUCAGGCUUCCACUACGGCGUUCACGCGUGUGAGGGAUGCAAGGGCUUCUUCCGCCGGACGGUCCGCAUGAAGCUGGAGUAUGAGAAGUGUGAGCGGAGCUGCAAGAUCCAGAAGAAGAAUCGCAACAAGUGCCAGUACUGCCGCUUCCAGAAAUGCCUGGCGCUGGGCAUGUCACAUAAUGCCAUCCGCUUUGGCAGGAUGCCAGAGGCUGAGAAGAGGAAGCUGGUGGCAGGGCUGACAGCAAGUGAGGAAAAUCAGCAUAACCCACAGGUGGCUGACCUGAAGGCCUUCUCCAAGCACAUCUACAAUGCCUACCUGAAAAACUUCAACAUGACCAAAAAGAAGGCCCGCAGCAUCCUCACCGGCAAGGCCAGCCAUACGGCGGGGCGCCACCUUCCCAGAGGCUCCCAGGGAGUGCAGCCCUCAGCAGCCAGUGGGCUUGGCUGCAGUACGAGGCAAGCUCAGAGUAUGUUCCGGUGCUUUUCUAGCCAGGAAAUUUGCCCAAAGGGCCUGUCGCUGGGGGUUGAGCUGCCAAUUUGUUCAAGACCAGAAGGCAUCCCAGGUCUGCAGAUACUUCCAGCGAGGUUUCUGUUUCCAAGGAAAUCAAUGCAGCUGCUAACCACAAUCACAGCUACUCUCAGAAGUCUACUCCUCAGUCAAAUACUGUCCAGGAACUUGUGGCUCCACUUCACAGCUUGGGCCUUGAGAUGCAACAGAGGGAGCAGGACAGUCGGGACGUGGUGUGUGGCAUUUGCAUGGACAAGGUGUGGGACAAGCCAGAGGCUGAGCGGAUCUUCGGCAUCCUGCCCAACUGCACCCAUGCACACUGCCUUGGCUGCCUGCGCACCUGGAGGAAGAGCCAACAGGACUUUCCACCGGAUGUCAUCAAGUCAGUGUCACGAGUUCUCAGUGAGGGAGGGAAACUCCCCGCAGGCUUGGGGGCUGGCCUGUAGGCUGGUGACCAUUCUCCCACCUCCCACCACACCCCGCUCCAUAGGGCCUGUCCCCAGUGCCGAGUGCACUCCAGCUACAUCAUCCCCCACAAAUUCUGGGUGAGCAGGUAGGCUGAAAAGGAGGAACUCAUCAAGAAUUUCAAGGCUCGGACCAGGUGAGGCUGGCAGGGGCAAUAUGACUCGGGGUUAGGGAACAGGGGAAAACAGCCCCCCUUCCAUUCCAGCUCAGCCAUGCUUCUCAACCUGGAAGCCCCCAAAUCUUGGAAGUUCAGAGUGAUGGAGGUGGCAAGGGUGUGAGCUAUUUCCACUACUUCAGAAAACCCAAGGAGUAGUGGUGAGUGACAGGCAGCAGCAGGAGAGCAAGGCCACGGUCCUGUCCUAGCCUGGCUCAGGAUCCAUGCAGGGUAACUCUGGUUCUCUCAGUGCAAUGAGAAGCGCUGCUUGGUUUUUACUUCUGAUUUUUGUAAGAGGGAAGUAAGUUGAUAUUACUACAUGUUGUUUGCUUAGAUGAUCUUUGAAAACAUGGGGUCUCUGGGAAGGAGACCAAAAGACAGUGCUUGGAGAUGGGGGAAGUUUUUAAUCUCUUGGAGAGGGUCGGCAUUUAUCCCACAUCUGGAAUUAGCUACAAUCCCAUGUUCUUAAUUCCACCUUCCCAAAGGGCUUAGCGUGCUUGACAUAUGCAAAGUGUACUUGGAUAAAGGGUGGGAUAAAGAAGAAAGUCUUGUCUCUGCUUGUGAGACAUGGAACCUUGUGGUGAAGACACCUGGAUUUUGCCUGUGAACUGUAAUAGCUGCAUUAACAAAGUUACUGAGAAAAAAUGUGGGUGUGUCUCUCAGAGGGGAAGUGUGUGAGUUGGGUGUUGGAAGAGGCUUAGGGGCUCCUGAGGAAGAGAAAAAUGAGAGCACUCUAGUCAGAGAUAGGUUGAAGUGGGGAUCUACUGGCAGCUGGGAGUCCUUGGAAGUUAUCUAGGCCAGAGGGGAGCACCCAGGCCUGCCUAUGAUAGGAGACAGCAGAGAGGUAUUACUGUGUAUGAAAGACUUUGCACAUCAUAAACUCCAUGGAAUAGGGACUCUUACUGUCCUCAUGCUACAGAAGAAAUUGAGGCAUGGUCAGUGUGACUUGAGUGAGGAAGUGGGAUUUGAACCCAGACAUUCUGGCUCGGAGCACAUACUACAAGGAAUGGUGGGAGGAUAUUAACUAGAUGGUGAGGUGGAGAGGAAGAGCCCCACCAGGUGGCCAACUGACCAUGAAAUUGAAAGGAAAUCUAAGGUAACUUACGUUUCCAGCACUGGUGGCCACGGGAUUGCUACUGCCAUGUGAGAGCUGGGGGAGGGUGCUGAUGGGCCAUUUGGACAGGUUGAGGGUGGGGGUUUGUAGGGUAUAUAGAUGGAGGGGGUCCUGAUGCUAGGUUUGGUCAAAUGGUAGGAGUAAGAAGAAGGGAUAGUCAUAUAGAGGGCUUCCCAGGCUUCUCACUUGGGUGAUCAGUGGGGUCCUACGUUCACACAGACCUGUGUGAAGUGAGAAAGACAGCUGUGCUGGAAUCAAGCAGAGGGUGGUAAUGCAGGAAAAUGCUCCAACAUGAGCUCUGUCCUUUUCCCUGCUCUCGUCCGUCUUUCUCUGCAGGAAGAAAGCUGGUCCUACCAAAGUGGAUCCCAAGUUGCCCACAAACCCUUCCUGACCUUUCACGGAGUGAAAUUUGAAAUCUCAGAAGUGGGAAACUUCUUAAUCAAUUUCAUUAACUAGCUAUGAUCAAAUCAUAAGACUGUUCCUCAGAACAGGACAUUAUCCUAACUUGUUUAAAGACACAUUUUAGGGUUAUCUGCUGCCUCCCCACCACCACCACCCUUUUAGUUGUAUUAUUGAAAUUUAGUUGAAAGAAGGAAAGGAGAUUCCCAGGGUCAAUACUGGCCCAAAGAGAAUCUGGGGGAAUUAAAGAAGGUACUCCUUAAGACACUUUAGUGCCCUCUACUGGAAAAUAGUUGCAAGAAAUGUAAAAUCUACACUGUGAUGCUAGUGGUGCCUGUAUAGAUGUGGUUGGUGCCUUUCUGCUGUGUACACCUAUCCAACACCUAUUAGGUGUCAGCCUUGAGUGCUCUUUCCCCUUUUCUUCUCUUCUGCCCUCUCCUAGCCGAAUCCGAUGCCGGUACUUCACACGCGGGCAUGGCCACUGCCCCUUCAAGUCUGACUGUAUUUACCUACACCAGCUCCGGGAUAAGGCUCUGACUUCUGAUCCUCCCCGGACUGCGAGUAUGCAGUUGGCCUCUGGCAGUGAGGUGGUAACAGCAAGAUUAUGGAGCAGGGGAGGCUGCUGGUCAUGAUUUAUAAUAAAUGUAAAACCUAUAUAUCAUGUUCAUGAUAAUAACAGUACCCACUUAGAUGUGGUACCAUUGUGACAUCCUGCCCAACCUUGUGUGUCAGCCUUGAUUCCCCUGUUCCUGGAGCAGUUCAGGUUGAACAUGAUGGGUUUUUACUAAUGUCCUUCUCUACUCCCAGGUGCUGGGCUUGACAACCUUCCUAGGGGGCACUGAGCCAGAGGAUGAAGUGUUCUUCAUGGACUGUGCCCUGGCCAUGGCCUGCUUGGGUUCAGAACUCCUACUGGAUCCCAACAGUUCUUACCACAGCCUCCUGUAAUCAGCAUCAACAGUGUGGGGCAGGGGUAGAAGGGGCUGAGGGGUAGGGGUUGCUUGGUGGUAGGUCUCUUCCCUUCUGGGGCUUGGUGGGGAUGAAAGUAGCAAGCCCUCCACCUCCAUGAACUGCAGCAGUGGCACAGCUGGGGAACAUGGGGAGGAGUGGAGGGCUCUUGGGAAAGAGGAAGGUUCUCAUCUUCUUGCCAGGGACUUGGUUUUUAACUUUGCUCUUUUGUAGAAUUCUGAAAGAAAAACCAAUAAAAUGCAACUAAGCUAUCA